AUUUGUUCCUCAUAAGAGAAAGUGGAUUGUUAUUUUACAUUGUUAUGUAUUUCAUGUGUAGCUGCCGAUAUGUAAAUGUAAUCACCUGUAUAAUGGAUAGAAUAAGAGCCUAGGACAAAACAAACGGUACGUAGGAUUCACAGAAACGUACAAGGCAAACUUGAUUUCCAGCAGCUAUUUCGCAUUGGUGACCAAUCUUCUGAUACACUUAGUUUGGAUUUCUACACCUCUGCUUUGAUCAACAUCCCACAAAUCAAUAUGACGAAAAUCAGUGAAGUUUUUAAUAUUUACGUAAUUAGUUCAUCAUAGUUUUUGUCCAGAGUUUUAUAUGUGUGUUGUGUAUUAGAAAAAUGUUAAGUGUUGUUAUUUUCCUGAUUUUUCUUGUCGGAAAUGCUUCAGCCUUUGGUUACUAUCAAGCAAUUGGAUCAAAAAAUGUGAGGCCUUUAAGUGACUACCAUGCCUCUGUUAGUAUAGCAGAAGCACCUGGCCCUACCACAGUUAAAGCUAUCAUAGAAGGAGUUUCUUACAAUGGUUCUCUAGUAAAUAUUGAAGAUGAAAAGCAGAUAUUGCCAUUUAGUUCAAAAGUAUUUUCUUUAAGAGUUCCUCUCAUUCCUCCUGGAGCUUACAGACUUCAGGUACAAGGUCGUGGAGGUAUAGACUUUAUUUCAUAUUAUCCACUGAACUACCUUGAAAAAAGCUUUUCUGUAUUGGUGGAAACUGAUAGAGCUGUAUACAAUCCAGGAUCAAAAGCUUCUUUCAGAGUAAUAGUAUUGGAUUCAGAACUUAAGCCUGUUGAGGACACUCAAACAGGACUACUAACUAUAGGUGUAAAGGACGCCGAAGGCAACAAAAUAAAAAUUUGGAAUGAUGUUCGCAUCGUCAAAGGAAUAUUUUCCAAUGAAUUCAAAUUAUCUGACCAUCCUGUGUUAGGUACUUGGAACAUCACAGUGAAAAUUCACGAUCAGCAGUAUUUCAAAAGCAUAAGAGUAGCGAAAUACAUCAUACCUGGUUUCAGAAUAGACAUCAAUACGAAAAAACACAUAACUUUUCAAGAUGGUAAAAUCAGAGCGACUUUAAAAACUUUUUAUCAUCAUGGGCAUAAGCUUCAGGGAGAAGCUACCAUUAGUGCUUUUCCAACGAUUUUCUCUCGAGUAAUUCAACCAAUUUUCCAAAACCCAAUUCGGAAAGUUGUCCCUAUUGAUGGUUCGGUUGAAGUAGAAUUUGACAUUGACAAGGAUCUCAGACUAAAUGAUGAAUAUGAAAGGAAUGUCAUGCUUGAUGUCUCGGUAGAGGAGAAAUUGACCGGGCGAAGAGAAAACGCGAGUGUAAAUGUUCACAUACAUAAAUACUACCAUAGAAUUGAUCUCAUAAAGACGUCAGAUUAUUUCAAACCAGGACUGAAAUACAGGGCAUACGUAAAAGUAUCUAGACAUGAUGAGGAACCGUUUGAUCAUAACAAAGAAAUAAUUGUGCGACAUGGUUUUUCUAUCAGGGAUGAAGUACCAGUUGAGAGAAGGUACAAACUCAACAGAAAUGGAUUCGUCAAAUUAGAAUUUUUAGCUCCCAUGAAUGUUUCCAAUGACACGGCAUUGAGAAUAGAGGCACAAUUUGGAGAUUUGAAGGAAAGGAUAUCACCAGUUCUAGCUGCAGUAUCAUUCAGCAAAAAUUUCCUUGAUGCUUCUCUUGAAACCGAUAAACCACUGAGCAAUUUGGAUAUAGAGGUCUCUGUCACUUGCAGCGAACCUAUGAAUCAUUUGAAUUAUGUUGUUAUUGGAAGAGGUGAUGUGAUAGUUUCGAAGACUUUGCAAAUUAAUAAUGAGAGGAAUAUUAUGAUAAAAUUCAAAGCAGUUCACAGUAUGGUGCCUCUCGCUCAUUUCAUAGUCUCUUAUGUCACGAAAAAUGGAGAACUGAUAGGAGACACUCUGGACAUAAGAAUAGAUGGAAUUCUUCAAAAUUUUCUGGAAGUGAAACCUAGUUCAACCGAAAUAGAACCAGGUGUGGCGUUAGAUAUUCAAAUGAAAGCAAAACCAUUUUCCCUUGUUGGGUUAAUUGCUGUUGAUCACGAAAGUUAUAUGCUUGGUAGCGAUUACAGCUUAUCCGAAUCAUGGCUGACAGAUGAGCUUCUUGCGUAUGACAGUGCAUUGAUAUCCGAAUAUUACAAAAUCGGAACAGAGCGAGAAUCCCGAAUUCCUUGGAAACCAGGUGGUAGUAAUAUCCACAGUGGUGUUCAGGAUUCUGGAUGUGAUUUAGUAACAAAUGCCCAUAUUUUAAGGAAGAAGCCAACACUUGAUGAUAUAUACUUAAGACCAACAAUUUACGACAGUAGUACCGUUAAACCUGACAGAGGAUUUGGUAUCCCCAUUCACUCUGUUACUAGGCCUCCUUUAGCAGGACCUUACGCAUUCAGUAGAAUACCAACACCUGUAUGGAAUAUACCGAAGGUUUACUUACGAAAUGAAAUUUCUGAGACUUGGUUAUUUUCAAAUUUCUCUACAAGAUACGAUGGUACUAUUACCACAAGACGACGAAUACCAAAUAAAAUGACAACUUGGAGAAUGACAGGUUUUUCUCUUGAUCCAGUAGAUGGCUUAGGCAUCAUGACACCAAAACUGUAUCGAGCUUCAAAAUCUUUUUACAUUAGUCUUGAUUCACCCUAUUCGAUUCAGAGAGGAGAAGCUAUAAAUAUACCUGUUCACAUUAUUAACAACAUGGAUAAAGAUGUGGAUGUUGAAGUAACUUUCCACAACCCAGAUAAAAACUUUGAGUUCACGACUAUUUCCAAUGAAAUCACUGCCACGAAAAAUAUUGAAUCAUUCCAAAGAAAACGUGUAUCAUUGAAAAAACAUCAGAAUGGUACAGCUUGGUUUAUGAUCACACCGCUGAAAGUAGGAUCGUUAGAGAUGAAAGUUUCUGCAAGUAAUCCUGUCAGUCAAGAUGCCAUUUCUGAAUUUCUAUCAGUAGAGGCUGGCGGAGAAACAGAAUAUUACUCCAAAUCAGAGCUGUUAGAUUUGAGAUCACAAAAAUAUGUGAAGAAGCAAAUGAAUUUCACUAUACCAAAAAAUACGGUUCCAGAAUCCGAAAAGAUCGAAGUGGCAGCUAUUGGAAACAUUUUCGGUCCAACUUUGAGAAAUUUGGAUAGUGUUAUUAGGAAACCUACAGGCUGCGGAGAACAGAAUUUGUUGCAUAUGAUGACAAAUUUGAUCGUACUGAAAUAUCUUAAAACUGCAAAACAAAAAAUGCCUCAUAUAGAAGAGAAAGCUGUUGGUUAUUUGGAAGAUAGCUAUCAAACGCAACUGUCGUUUAAGAAAAAAGAUGGAGCUUUCAGUGUCUAUGGAAAGAUAAAUGACGAAAGCAGUGUUUGGAUAACCGCUUAUACACUGCUCGCAUUCAGACAAGCAUCCGAAUUCAUUUAUAUUGAUGAGAAUGUUAUAGAAGAGGGCUACAACUGGUUGAUAGAAAAACAAGGUCGAAAUGGAAGUUUCUAUGAAACUGGUAAUGUAAUCCAUAAUGAUAUGCAGGAAAGAAGUGGAAACAGUUUACCACUAACAUCCUUUGUUCUAAUUUCAUUUCUGGAAAAUCAGAAAUUCACAUCCAAAUAUAAAAACUUGAUAAACAGAGGUUUGGAUUAUAUAGCUAGAAAUAUAGAAGAAACCGAAGAAAGCUACUCCCUCGCUUUGUGCAGUUAUGUUUUACAACUAUCUGAACAUCCUUCGAAACAAAGUGCAUUUAAUCUAUUGGACAAUAGAGCUAACUAUACCGAUAACUUGAAAUGGUGGGAAAAACCUAAACAGGAUAAGGACAACCCUUGGAAUAAUCUUCCAAGGUCCGUAGACAUAGAGAUGACUUCGUAUGCACUACUUACUUUUCUUGAAGAAAAUCUUAUAGAGGAUUCGAUUCCGAUUCUGAAUUGGCUAUUGAAGCAACAAAAUGACAUUGCUGGUUUCUCUUCGACGCAAGACACCGUGGUAGGACUACAAGCUUUGUAUAAACUGGUGAUGAAAUUGUCAGUACCCACUAAUGUCCAGAUUGAAUUCACUUAUUCGAAGAAGGAUAGUAAAGAAUUCCAUAUAAGUCAAAAUGAUGCAACAAUAGAACAAAGAUUCGAAAUCAACAAGUCUUCGAGGGAAGUUAAUGUUACAGCACAGGGAGAAGGAUUUGUUUUAUUCAGAGUAAAUUAUCAUUAUAAUAAAGAUGUAACAGGUCCUUGGCCAAUGUUCAUUUUGGAUCCACAAGUUGAUAAAAAUUCGAAUGCCGAUCACUUACAGCUCUCUAUAUGCAUAAGAUUUGUAAACGAGAAAGAAAACUCAACCGAUGAUGUAAGGAGCAAUAUGGCUGUAAUGGAGGUGAAUUUACCAUCUGGCUACAUUGUCGAUAUCCAUUCUUUGCCUAGCUUGGAAAUUAGUCAAAAUGUACAAAAAGUUGAAUCGAAAAACAAGUUCACCAAAGUUAUCCUAUACUUCAAUAACAUCUCUAAUGUUAUUGAGUUCUGCCCGACAAUUUCAGCAUUCAGAAUAUACAAAGUAGCUAAUCAUAGACCAGUACCAGUGGUGUUAUACGAUUAUUACGAUACUUCAAGGAGAGCAAGAAUAUUCUACAAACCUCCUAAAAGUACUGUUUGCGAUAUUUGUACAGACAUUGACUGCGAAUCUAAUUGUAUAAUUUCACCCAAACCACAAAUUCGACAAGAAGAAAGCAGCCAAAGAGAUGAUUCAGUGUCUUUGAAAUUUGCUCUAAUUUCUCUAUAUCUGCCAUUACUCAUCCUUUUUCAAAACUAUUAGUCAGAUAAGCGAUCUUUAGUCGUAUUUGAAAGGGCUUAUUUAGAUUCAAGACUCUACAUCAAUAUAUGUUAUUUCAUUCGAUCAAUUCAUCUAAAAAUUAAAUUCUUAUCUCCAGCGGAAAGAAGUUCUUGAAUUUGUACAGAUAUGAAUAAUAUAUUCAUUAUUUUCAUUUAAAUUUAAUUUAAUAAACGGAAUAACAGCUACCAAGAAAAUUGAACAAUAAACUAAAACUGAUCUCCAAAAACUUGUAUGAAAACACUACAAGAUGAAAUUUUCAACAAAUGAAUUGAAAUAAAUGAUUCAUUCAGAACAAUUUCUUCAUUUACCAUCGUAUUCUUGUCAUGAAGAACAUAAUUUAAAUUCUAAUUUUUACCUAGGUAUUUUUUUCCAGCUAAUACCAUUUAACUUUGUGAUAAAAUGAACUAUAUAAUAUGUACUUACUAAUAGAUAUACUGUUUUAUAACUUCGUUGAAAAUAAAAAUAUUAUUUUCA